CCCUCCGCCAAUGACUUCAGCCUUGUUCUUCUCUUCAUUCCAUUUCUCUUGUUUUUCUUUCUAUCAUCACCAUCUUCUUUUUCUUCUUCUUUAUCUUGAGAUUCAUCUUCUACACGGGUGGGAAGAUGGCCGGAGGUUUUGCAGUGUCGGCCGGCUCCGGCAGGCAGUUUGAAGCCAAGAUCACUCCCAUAGUGAUCAUGUCCUGCAUCAUGGCUGCAACUGGAGGCUUGAUGUUUGGCUAUGAUAUAGGUGUUUUUGGUGGCGUUACAUCAAUGAAUGAUUUUCUCCUAAAAUUUUUCCCUAAAGUAUAUAGUAAAGAAAAAGAAAAACACCUAGAGAACAACUACUGCAAAUUUGGCAACCAAGGCCUACAACUGUUCACAUCGUUGUUCUACUUAGCCGGACUAAUAGCCACAUUGUUCGCAUCCUAUACAACUAGAAGGCUUGGCCGCCGGCUAACAAUGCUCAUCGCCGGAGCAUUCUUCAUUGCCGGUGUUAUUUUCAAUGGUUCAGCCCAAAAUUUGGCCAUGCUCAUCGUUGGUCGAAUUCUACUUGGUUGCGGUGUUGGCUUUGCUAAUCAGGCUGUCCCUUUAUUCCUAUCAGAGAUUGCUCCAACAAGAAUCCGUGGGGGUCUCAACAUCUUGUUUCAGCUCAAUGUCACUAUCGGCAUUCUCCUUGGCAACCUCAUCAACUAUAGAACCAAUAAGAUACACCCGUGGGGAUGGAGACUAUCACUGGCACUUGCCGGAAUCCCAGCUCUUCUAUUGACGGUAGGCUCACUGUUAGUGGUCGACACGCCUAACAGUCUAAUUGAGCGGGGCAAGCUCGAGGAAGGCAAGGCCGUGCUCAAGCGCAUUCGCGGGAUAAACAAUGUUGAGCCUGAGUUCAAUGAGAUCCUUGAGGCCAGCCGCAUUGCCCAACAGGUCAAGCAUCCUUACCGUAACCUUCUCCAGCGACGCUAUCGCCCCCAACUCAUUGUCGCCAUCUUUCUUCAGAUCUUCCAGCAAUUCGCUGGCAUCAACAAUAUCAUCUUCUAUACGCCUGUGCUGUUCAAAACACUGGGAUUCGCAGCUGUGAUCAUUCAAAUAGUGAAUGUGUUGUCCACUGUUGUGUCGAUUUACUUCGUGGACAAAGUGGGCCGGCGUGCGUUGCUCUUAGAGGCUGGUGUGCAAAUGUUCCUCUCUGAAGUGAUCAUUGCUGUGGUCUUCAGCAUCAAAGUGACUGACCAUUCAGACAACUUAAGCCAUGGCUACGCCAUCCUGGUUGUGGUCAUGGUCUGCGUCUUUGUGUCAUCCUUCGCGUGGUCAUGGGGGCCUCUCGGAUGGCUCAUCCCCAGUGAGAUAUUUCCACUGGAGGUGCGUCCGGCCGGGCAGAGUGUGGCUGUAUGCGUGAACCUUCUCUCCACCUUUGCCAUUGCUCAGGCUUUUCUCCCAAUGCUUUGCCAAUUAAAGUCCGGCAUCUUCAUAUUAUUUGCUGGUUGGGUCGUAGUCAUGUCCAUCUUUGUCCUCUUCUUCCUCCCCGAGACUAAGAAUAUACCGAUUGAGGAGAUAACCGAAAGAGUCUGGAAGCAGCACUGGUUCUGGAAGCGCUAUGUUGAUGAUGAUGAUCCAUUAAGAUGGGCCUAAGAACUACAGCAAUGGCGCUACUGAACUGCAGCCUUAGUUUGUUCUGCUUAUAGUUAUAGUUGUCUCAUUCUAUCUCAGAUGGACAUGGCCUCUGUCCCUCACAGUCCCAUAGUU